UGUCUAGUAUGCUAUCCGUGUGACUUGUGAAAGAGAAAAAUAAAACUUGUCCCUUUCUUCUUUUUCUCUGAGAUCUGAGAGAAACAAACCAAAAGGAUAAGAGACAAAGAACAAAAAUAAAAAUCACCUUAAAAAGUUGAGUUCUUUUGCAUGAUGAAGCUCGUGAACAAGGUAUGAUUCAGAAUCUUUUUUGUACCAUAGCAAUAGUACUCAAUUGUUUUCAUUCUUCAAAUUCAAAACUUACCAUUUCAUUUUUUCAGGUUCUGCAAAACCAAAAAAGCUAAGAAAAGUACUUAGAAAAGGAAAAUUCAGCAACACAAAAAAAAAAAAAAAGUUUCUGUCUUUUCUUUGUGGGGUUGUAAGAUUCACGUUUGUGAAACUAAAGAAGCAAAAAUCCAAUUUUCUACCGCACAUUUUUCACUCAACUUUUGCUUUUUAGCAAGUGACAAAAAGAGUAAACAGAGUUUCAAACCGAUGAAGGAAGGUGAGAAAAGCUUAGAUCCACAACUAUGGCACGCUUGUGCUGGAGGAAUGGUUCAAAUGCCAUCAGUUAACACCAAAGUGUUCUACUUUCCACAAGGGCAUGCAGAACAUGCACAAUCCAAUGUUGAUUUUGGAGAUUCUUUCAGAAUUCCACCACUCAUACUCUGUCGUGUUGGUUCUGUGAAAUUCUUAGCUGACCCUGAAACAGAUGAAGUUUUUUCAAAGAUAACUUUGAUUCCUUUAAGAAAUUCAGAGCUUGAAAAUGAAGAUUCUGAUGGUUUUGAUGGUAAUAUUUCUGAGAAUUCAGAAAAGCCUUCAUCUUUUGCUAAAACCUUAACUCAAUCUGAUGCAAACAAUGGUGGAGGGUUCUCUGUUCCUAGAUACUGUGCAGAAACGAUUUUUCCACGGCUUGAUUACUCGGCUGAACCACCGGUUCAGACAGUUAUCGCGAAGGAUGUUCAUGGCGAGGUUUGGAAGUUUAGACAUAUCUAUAGAGGUACACCAAGGAGACACUUGUUAACAACAGGUUGGAGUAGUUUUGUGAACCAGAAAAAACUUGUUGCAGGUGAUUCUAUAGUGUUUCUGAGAGGUGAAAAUGCUCAACUUUAUGUUGGGAUUCGUCGAGCGAAGAGAGGGAUUGUUAAUGGAUUGGAAACACCUUCUGGAUGGAGUUCUAGUAAUGGAAGUUGUGGUCUUGGUGUUGGAGGUUUUGGUGGUGCUUUUUCUGUGUUUUUGAGAGAGGAGAAUAAUAAGAUGUUGAGAAAUGGGAUUGGUGAUGGGGGUGUUGGUGGUAAUUUGGGAGGUGGAAGAGUGAAAGUGAGUGGUGAAUCAGUGAAAGAAGCUAUGAGACUUGCUGCUAGUAAUCAAACAUUUGAGGUUGUUUAUUAUCCAAGAGCAAGUACUCCUGAGUUUUGUGUUAAGGUUUCUGCUGUUAAGGCUGCUAUGAGGAUUCAAUGGUGUUCUGGUAUGAGGUUUAAGAUGCCAUUUGAAACUGAGGAUUCUUCAAGGAUUAGUUGGUUCAUGGGAACUAUUUCUUCUGUUCAUGUUGUUGAUCCUAUUUGUUGGCCUAAUUCCCCUUGGAGACUUCUUCAGGUAACUUGGGAUGAACCAGAUUUGCUACACAACGUGAAGCGAGUAAGCCCAUGGUUGGUCGAGUUAGUAUCGAACAUGUCAGUGAUUCAUCUCUCACCAUUCUCACCACCGAGAAAGAAACUCCGUUUUCCACAACAUCCUGAUUUCCCUCUCGAUGUUGUUCAGUUUCCAAUACCGACAUUUUCGGGCAACCCUCUUAACCCUUUGUGUUGUGUAUCAUCUUCGGAUCAUUAUAACGCUCCUGCCGCAGGCAUACAGGGAGCCAGGCAUGCUCAAAUUGGAAUAUCUUUAUCAGAUCUUCACCUUAACAACAGCAAUAAUAAACUUCAGUUAGGUGUGUUUCCAAAGAAUCCUGAGACGACGAUUUCUAAUGAUAAGAGCAAAGAAAGUUUAUCAUGUUUGUUGACUAUAGGAAAUUCUCAUAAGAGAAGUUUGGAGAUAAAAUCUGAUAAUAAUGUUAAGAGACACCAAUUUUUGCUUUUUGGUCAACCAAUUCUCACUGAACAACAAAUCUCUCGAAAAGUUUCUAGCGAUGAUGUUUUGUUGUCUCAGAAUAAGGACAAAGAGAAAUGGUAUUUCAGUGAUACUACUACUACUACUCAAUCUUCAAUUUCUGAACAGUUUUCACCAGCAAAAUCUUCUACUACUAGUGCUAGUGCCGAGUUUUGUUGGCAACUUGGAUUAGAUACUGGUCAUUGCAAGGUUUUCUUGGAGUCAGAAGAUGUUGGAAGAACCCUAGACUUGUCAUGUGUUGGUUCUUAUGAAGAACUAUAUAGAAAACUGGCUAAGAUGUUUGGAAUUGAAAGAUCUGAGAUGUUGAGUCGUGUACUCUACCGUGACGCAACCGGUACCGUUAAACAAACCGGUGAAGAACCCUUCAGUGACUUCAUGAAGACAGCAAAAAGAUUGACAAUUCUGAUGGAUUCAGCUAGUAAAGAUACUAGAAGGGUAUGUAUCACAGGAACUAGGAAUGCUGAACGUGGAUUAGAUGCAUCAAAUAAGACAGGACCUAUGAGUAUAUUUGCUUAAUAUGGUGUCAUAUGCAUCUGAAUUAUUAUUAUUAUUGUUAUAAGAUUUCAGAAGUUGAAGGAUAUAAUCUUGUUAAAGAGACCUUCAAAUUUAAUCAAAUAUUGGAGUAUUAAUUUUUGUUUAAGUUUGUAGUAAACAAUUAUUAAUCAUGUAUUAUUAAGCACUAAUACUAUUCUAAUGUUAAGUGACAUUUGGUUUC